AUGAUGGACUCCAGGGUAAAGUACUUGGAUGAACUAAUUUUGCACAUUAAUGAGUCGCGUUUGGUCUCCUUUGAUAACGUUGAUCAGAACGACAGCGAUGAGGACCUGAAAAAUUCCAAUUCAGUCUGGUCGAAGAGCCUUAGGGUGCUAGAAACUCUGAUGAAGAUUUUACUGGGUGGUGGCAUUGCAGAACCGCACAGGGUGAAUCAAUUGAACGACACGAUAUUUGCCAAAACAGUAGAGGCACUAAAUGCACUGAUUAAGACCAACCCAUCCAUUCUAUCCGAUCGGCGAGCUUUCAGCGACUCAGAAAGGCAACUGGGAAUUGUUAAAUUGAUGGAUGAUGUCUUACAUGCAUCGCUUCUCUAUCGGGAGGACCAGCAUAGAUUGUGGUAUUUAAGAGAGAAGUUGGGCGCUUGGUGCCAACUGUCCGAGCAAGCAUACAGUGGAUCCAUCAGCAAACUAGAAUUAUCCUCCCACCUGCAAGAAAUGCUCAACACAUUGGAAAGGAGACUAGUUAAAGUCACCGCUGGUAAUUACCCUGUGGAUAAAUAUAUGGCUGAUCUGAAGAGACUGUAUAUUCUGUGUUACUGGAUGUGCGCGCCAAAUAGUACAUUUGGUGAAUCGCUGACAUAUUUCGAUACAACUAUUGGAACGAAGAAAUGGACAUUGGUCUUUGAAAGAAUGAUACGACUUGUCGUCUAUGUCUUUGAGACUUCCAAAUUAGAGUCAGUAGAAUAUUCACAGCUGCAAUUGAAAUUUCUAUCAAUGUCAGUGGAUUAUCUCAUUAACAACUCCUGCAUUAGCACUCUAAACAGAUCUAAGAUAUUAUUGAACGAUAAAUAUGGAUUCGUCUUAAGUGUGCUACAUCAAUUCAUUUCGAACAGAAUAGGGAAGUCACAAUCUCCUAAUGAUCCCACACUGGCCAAAUGCAUCUUGAGAUUAUACUCUUUGACAAUCCAAUCUGAUUCUCAGUCUCAGGAGUAUGUUAAAACAUUUGCGGAAUACUUUCCUUUGACUGAGUGGUUUGAUAUCGAUCAUUUAUCGGAUGAACGCUUGUGGCCCGGCUUGGAUUACAACGAUUUAACUUUGAAGGCCUUUAUUCUAAUUCACUUUGAUAUUCAAAGAAGGGCAAGUUCUUUAGACAAAAUAUCCUUGGAUAAGAAGUUUCACAUUUAUAAGACAUCAGAUCACUCGGACGAGAGGGUGAUGUCCAUUAUUGUCAAAUCUUACGGUCAAGAGUUUAAGCAACUUGAAAGGCUACGGAUACUUGUCCUAAAUAAGUUUUCUCCCACAGUCAGAUUUGUUCCUACUCUGUUAAAAUAUGAACUUAAUUCAGUGGAACCUGGAAUCUUACAAAGAACUGGCAACGAUCACAAUAGUUUGUUCGAUGAGAUAAAAAAGUCUGUCAAGACAUGCGUAAAUACAGAAAACUUCAGGAAGUUGGCAUGUUGGACCAGAAUAAUUGGUAGACUUGCAUGCUUUGAAAGAUACCUCCUUAUAGAAGACAAAUAUACACUUGAUCGAUGUUAUACCUGCCCAGUUUGUGAAGGGUAUGACUCUAGUAACGUGUAUCAAAAAGUGGAUCCAGAAAGACCUGACGCGGAGACGAAGUCGAGAACGUAUCAAAUUAUACAUGAAGUAUUCUUGUCAAAUCCAAAAAUUUACGACUUUUCAGAAGGUUUGUUAAGCGGCUUGUUGCUUUGUUUACAAAGGAUUUAUGUUCACUUUCAACCGCCCUCGCUCAAGCGUGCAGCGUCCGAUGGGCCUUCAGAAAGUUUCGCGUUGGUUGAAAACUGUCGAAAUAACAAAAAUAGAUACCUGAGAGUUCUGAGUACUCGCGUAUUUCCUUUGCUCAAUAUUACAGAUUUGCGAAACCAAGACGAUCAAAAUGCAAUGAUAUUAGCAAAAUACCUCGAGAGCCCGAAAGACAGUAUAUUAACCGAAUCCCGAAUAAUGUCGUGGACAUACUUUGUGAUGACUACCUCUGGCGAGCUUUUCGAUACACUUAUGAUGAAACUGAUGGAUAUUUUCAACUCGGAUAAGUUUGCAAUAUACUCCAUGAUAACGUUCCAAAUUAAGAAUAUGUCUCGAAUUCUUCAUAAAACACCAUAUCAACUACUACUGCCCAUUUUACCUUUGCAGAUGAAAUAUUAUGGCUCAGCACUCGUUGAAAAAAGAUAUACUUUUACGAGGCUCACGGAACUACUGGGGUUCUCAGAGAAGACAGUGUUAGGACUUUUCCAACAGCAUAUCGUUCCAUACGCUGUUAUGAAUUAUAAGACGAAUGUGUUCGAAACAAUCAAGAAAAUAAUGUUCAAUGGUAGCACUGAGGAGAUCAAUAUGCAGGUGCGAGCUUUGCUCAAGGACAAUAGUCGACAAAUUUUUGCAGUUGCUUUGGUGAAACACAAAAUAUUUUCUUCCGAUUCUCUAGAGACACUCUUCACUAACAUACUACCUAACUUCGAAAAAGAGUUUGUUAUUUCUUAUUUGCCUGAUUAUCGAACUGCAGCUGCUGUAAUAAAAUUAUACCAAAACAAUGAAGCGGAAGAUCACAAAGGUAACGAAGAUAUGGUUUUAUGUUCUUUGAGAUACUUAAAUACAGACUUCCAAGCGAACAAAAGACGGGGCACCAAAUUCAAGGAUCAAAGUAAUUGGACAUCUGAGCAAGAAAUGGUUUUCCAAAGCAAACUUAAGGACGUUAUUUUGGGGAUCCUUCAGGUUUUUUCUGGGGAUAUGCACAACACAAGGGUUAAAACAACAUACUAUGAAAAGCUCCGUGUGAUAAACGGUAUUUCGUUCCUCAUAAAGUUUGUUAAUAAAACAACUAUUGUGUCCGCUCUUGCCCAAAUAGGUAGUUGCUUACAGACUGGUUUAGAAAUAGAGGAAAUAAGGUACAAUUGCUAUCGUUCUUGGCUCCUUUUGGUAGAACUACUGAACGUUGAAGAGCUCUCAACAGUUAUUGAUGGAUUGAUUGCAUUUACCUUACAAAAUUGGGGUACUUUCAACAGAAAGCUGCGAACAAUUGUGUAUCAGAUUCUUGAUACUAUCAUAGAGAAGAAAGGUGACUUGAUAUUUCAACUAAAACCUUCCAUCACAUUUGCGCUGAACCGGAAAUCAGAUCUUGAUCUCAGUAACAGAAACAACAAAUUUGCCAAAAAGGUUCGACAUACACUGACAGCGACUGACUUUAUUGCAGUAUUUAUAUCCAAUCUACAGAGUAACAAUAAGCGUGUCUUAUUACAAAAUUUGGACGACAUUGAGGCCUACUUAAAGGGAAGAGAAAAGGAUGGACCCAACUUUGUUUAUUCGAAACGAGAUCACAAAACUGAGAUUGCUCUUCUGUUGGCAGCUCUUUUGGAUACAGCACAUAAGUACCGGACAGAGGAUGUUGAACUUUGCGAAAACUGCAUGAGAUGUAUAAGUAUUAUCGGGGUGUUGGACGUGACUUCACAUUCUUUCAGAAGCCUAUACAAAAGCGGUGAAAUUUACUUUUUGGAAGAUGAGACUGACGUUAUCAACUUUUUGGUUUGGAUAAUGAACGAUGUAUUGGUUCCGUCGUUUUGGCAAAGUGACAACCCGCGCAGGCAAUUAUUUGUGGCUUUGGUUAUGCAGGAGUCACUGAAACACUGUGGACUAAGUGUCGAACAAUGGGAUGCAACAUCAACCAGUGGAUCAGAAAAAGAACAAGCAUUAUGGCACAGGUUUGACACUAUUGCCCAGACAACCCUUUUUCCAUUACGAUCAUCCCAGUAUAUUGCCCAGUCAUCAGUUGCAUAUGAGCCUCGCGUGUACCCCUCGUUUGUCCCAACCCAAGAAUAUCGAAUGUGGGUUAAGAACCUUACUUUGGAUUUGCUGAAGAGUGGUACCACAGAGGAGCAUCCAUUGCAUGUUUUUUCAUCCUUGAUUAGGGAAGAUGAUGGUUAUUUGUCCAAUCUAUUGCUACCUUACCUGGUCAUGGAAGUGAUUGUAAAAGCUAAGCCAGGCACAGAGUAUGAAAACUUAAUGAAUGGUAUCAUUGUUGAGUUCUCGUUUAUAUUCAAAUUCAAUAUUGAGGGGAUGAAUCGCCUUCAAAUGGAUUCAAUCAAAAUGUGCUAUGAAUCUAUUUUUGCCGUCAUGGAACACUGUAAAAAGUGGGUCACUAAAUUCAAAAAGAUGUACAUAGAUCACCAUGGAACAUCAGUAAUUGAAGAUCAUGAAACCUCACAAAAGCUUAAAAGAAUAGAUUUGUUUCUACACAGUAUUCCGGCAUACUCGUUUGCCCUCAGAUCUUUGGAAACGAGUUCUUUCGAAAGAUCAGCGUUAUAUUUGGAGGAAUGCUACCGUCAUCCAGAUUCUCUCCCUUCCAGUGUGGAUAAAAAAACACUACUGAAUCAUCUAAAAGUUACUUAUGAAGAAAUUGGUGAUAUUGAUUCGAUUGAUGGAAUUCUGAAAUCGUUUGCCUCAGACAAUUUAGUUUCCAAAAUUGAAGAAUUGCAGUACUCUAGCAACUGGAAAAUGGCACAAGACUGCUUUUCAGCCUUGGGAAAUUUUUCUGUUGAAUCUCCUAACACAACGAAAAUGCUCAAGUCCAUGUAUGACCAUCAAUUAUACUCCCAAGUAGUUAAGUCAUCCGAUUUACUUCUCCCCACUAGGUCAUUUCGUCUCGAAACCAAUAUGAAUGACCUGUAUAAUAUGACCAUGGAAUGUGUUAAUAUGUUUGGCGACACCGAGUCAUUGGAAAAGUGGAUUAAUAACAUCGAAAAACUUUGUGAAGUGCCCGAUCAACAGCUCCUGUUACAGUAUAAUGUUGCAAAAGCACUUUACUUCGUUACCAAAAAUGAUCAUUCAAUGACUCAGAAUUACCUUAACAAAUGUUUCCGACUUGCAGGAGUACGCUGUACUACAAAUGCCAGCGCCACUACUCUAUUGAAACAACAGAACAUGCUGAUGAAACUGCAUAGUCUCUAUGAUCUAUCGUUGCUGUCAUCUGCCAAUAACAAGUACGAAUACGACGAUAUUGUUACCAUUCUCAAUCAUCGAAUGAAGCGUAUCGGCGCCGACUUUAGACCUAACCAUCAUUUAUUGUCGAUGAGAAGGUCUUUCGAACUCCUGAAAAGCAAUGGCUUUGCCAGAAAGGAUCUGAUCCAAACAGUUUACAAGAUUGCGCAACUGGCCCGUAAUAACUCAAGGUUGGAUGUUGCCAACGAUGCCUUAAUGCAGUGUUUACAAUAUGAACAUCCUCAAGCUGAAUUAGAGUUUGCUGAGAUAUUAUGGAAGAAAGGAGAAAAUGACAGGGCACUAAAACUUGUAAAGGAAAUACAUGAAAAAUGUAAAGAUGAGGAAAAUAGCUCCAACGAAGACCGUGCGGUUGUUUUGUUAAAGUAUACAGAAUGGCUAGAUUUAUCGAAUAAUUCGAGUUCGGAUCAAAUCAUCAAGCAGUACAACGAGAUCAUCCAACUACACACGACAUGGGGGUUGCCUCAUGAAUCCAUGGCUCUGUAUUAUAGCCGGUUGCUAGAAAGAAAGGAGGCAGAGAAUUACCGGACAGAUGGUACUUACGAAUAUAACUCUGUGACACAUUUCCUUCGUGCCUUUGAAAUGAACCCGUCAAAAGCCCGUGAAUAUUUGCCUAAAGUCGUGACAUUCUGGUUGAAGAUCGCAUCCAAAGCGGAACACCCAAAGGAUAGCAAUUUGAGUUUACAAACGGUGGCAAGCAACAUCUGCCAGGCGAUCAAGAGUACGUGUGGGAUAGCGCCUAUUUACAUAUGGUACUCUGUCCUGACCCAGCUAUUAUCACGUUUGCUACAUCCGCAUUUGGAGUCGCAUAAACUAAUCACUUCCAUCUUAUGCAAAUUGACCGAUGAAUAUCCAUCGCAUAUGCUUUGGUAUAUGGCAGUGCUAACAAAUUCUGAGAGUAGUGAAAGGAAAAAAUCAGGUAGAGGUAUUAUUGAAAUCUUCAAGAGGGGUCACGCCGACAAACAAGCAAUGGUGUCAUCUUCCAUAAAUUUAACAAUUGCACUAACCAGGGUAUGUAUCCAAGAGACAAAGACUGUGACCAGCAGGUCUGGUAACAUGCUGGCACCAGAUUUUAGAUUCGAUAUGAAUUUGGCCCCCUGUGAUCUGGCUGUUCCAGUGAGAAUCAAUUUAGAAAUGAUUUCUCCCAGGUUAUCUGAAUCCAUGAGCAAUUACAAGCCCUUUAGAUCAUUGGUGACAAUCCAGAGUUUCGGUAAGAGGUACAAAGUGUUUACAUCAUUGAAGAAACCGAAACAAUUGAGUAUUGUCGGAUCAGACGGUGCACGCUACGGCAUCAUGUGCAAGAAAGAGGAUGUCCGCCAGGAUAACCAGUACAUGCAGUUUGCGACGACUAUGGAUUUCCUUUUGAACAAGGAUGUUGAGUCCUCCAAACGGGAUCUAAACAUUACGACGUAUUCUGUCCUUUCGUUACGAGAGGAUUGUGGGUUGAUCGAGAUGGUCCCCAAUGUUAUCACUUUGCGGAAAAUAUUUGACACUAGGUACCAAAGCAUGAACAUCACGUUUUCUACAAGAACCCUCAUUGAGAAGGUCCACAACGCCUCCAGUUCCAAGAAGCUCAGCAUCUUCUCCCAACAACUACGGAAGUUCCCCUCCGUGCUGUACCAGUGGUUUUUGGACACCUUCCCAGACCCUAUCGAUUGGUUCAACGCGCGGAACACAUUCGCGCGGUCCCAUGCCGUGAUGGCAAUGGUCGGCUACAUCGUCGGUCUUGGUGACCGGCACUGCGAGAACAUUUUACUGGACAUCGACACGGGGAAAGUGUUGCACGUUGACUUUGACUGUCUGUUUGAGAAGGGUAAGCUGCUACCGACCCCUGAAAUCGUGCCGUUCCGACUGACGCAAAACCUCUACGACGCGCUGGGCGUUGUCGGAACCGAGGGAACCUUCAAGAAGUCUAGCGAAGUGGCAUUGAACCUCAUGCGGUCCAACGAAGUCGCACUGAUGAACGUCAUCGAGACCAUCAUCUACGAUAGAAACUCGGACACGUUGCUCCGCCAAGGGCUGCGCACGCUGAGAAACAAGAUCCGCGGGAUAGACCCACGCGACGGACUCGUGCUGAGUGUCCCUGGGCAAGUCGAGACGCUCAUCCAGGAGGCUACAUCGGACCAGAACCUCAGCAAGAUGUACAUGGGCUGGAUGCCCUUCUGGUAG